GCGCUAUACUAUUGUCCACAGCUGAAGAUGUGCCAGAAAAGAGCGAGAUAUCAGCGACGGGCAAGGUGGGGGACAUCGCCAACAUUACGUGCAUCGUGACGCCAGAAUUCAACCCAAACAAAACCACAGUGGAAUGGCUGUUUGAAGGGAAACCAAUUGUAGAAGACGAACGAAUAAACCAAACAUCGAAUGAAAUGCCGCGCCAUAACGAUUCCGACGGGAAUACGAGAAAGUCGAAGAUAUCAACUUUGAUAAUAGCCAACGCGACGUACAAUGACACCGGCAAUUACAGCUGCGUGUCGAAGUAUGAAGACAAAGUGGAGCAGCAGGUCGUGUACUUGAACUUGAGUUUCGAGGGCCGCUUGUACAACAAGACUGCUAGUCCUAUACGUGAAAAUCUAUCCGACGGCGCCAAUCUGACGUUGAGCUGUAUUUUUGAAGUAUACAAACCUGCCGAGGUGAAAUGGUACAAAUUAGGAAACGACGGAGACGCCGCGAACCUCUCCGAUCAACAGCAGAGGCAGCUGGACGCGCGGCGCAUCGAAAGCACGGUCGUACUGCGCAUCACCAACCCGGACAACGACAACGGCACGUACGUGUGCGAAAUCAUCGACACAGUAACCGGCAAGAACAUAUCUAACACGACAGACGUCUUCGUGUACGCCCAGCCGGUGAUCAUGAUCGACAAAGUCAUAGGAAUAAACACCACGCAACUCUUCUUCAAUUGGACUGUGAAGACGUACAACGCUCCGAUAAACUACUAUGUGCUGCUGACCGGGCCCAAAGGCGGUGAUCUACGAUCCUCAGCGAAGAAGAUAGGCGAAACGAACACGUCGUUCGUGAUAGACGAUUUGAAGAAAUCGACUGAGUACGUGAUAAAGUUAGAGGUGAACACCACACAUGGGGUAAGCAAAACACAAAACUUUGGCAAGACGCUCGAUAAAGAACCCAUUUUCGUCCCUAAUAUAUCGAUAAAUGGUUUUUCGGCGACAUCUGUGACGAUUGGAUGGGCGCCGCCGGAACCGGAUAUAGCCGAGUUGAUACACUACUAUCUGCUAGAGGCGAGGAAGAAGGAAGAGAAUGUGACCAGACAGGCGUACCACUCGAGGGAUAACAGAAACCUGCCGUACAUGUUUGAUAAUUUGGAGCCGCACACCACUUACGUAUUUCAGGUGUGCGCGUGCUCGGACUACACGCGCACGUGCGGCCCGAUGUCGCUGGAGAUGGAGGCGGCCACGCUGGACGGCACGCCCGGCAAGCCCAGCCGCGUCAACGUCAGCUGCGACGCCAACGUCAUGAACCUCACCUGGGGGCCGCCGGAGAAGCCCAACGCUGAGAUCAAGGGAUACACCAUGGAGUUAACCGGUAAAGCUGAGUACAAAGAUCGCAACGGCAAAUUAAACACAGCGACAUGGGGCCCGCUGUCCAAGUUCAUGGCUAACGACUCGACUAGCGUUCGGUUCAACGAUCUGCAACCCAACACGAAGUACACCGUGCACCUGAGUGCGAUGACGCGCACGCGCCGCCGCGGACAGAAGGAGACCAAGUACUGCACCACGGCGUACGCGCCGCCCGACCACCCGCCGCGGCCCAGGUGGAGGAAGAUAUUGGAAGACGAUAAAUAUCUUUUCAAAAUGUAUUUACCGAGGAUAUCGGAAAGGAAUGGACCUCUUUGCUGUUACAGAGUGUACAUGGUCCGGCUGGCUCCAAACUCGGGCUGGCCGAAGCUCCCGCCGCCGAAGAACAUUACCAUUGUGGAAUACGAGGAGGCGCACGCGCAGCACGCCAUCGCCGGCGCAUACAUCGCCGACAUAUUCUCCAGCGAUAGAUUCCCUAACGAUUCCGAGUUGGUUUUGGGCGAUGACAAAAUGUUGUACGACAGAGACGACCCUGUAUGGAAGAGAAAAGAAUGUCUACAAUGCCUGAAGAAGCCGAGGAGGACGCCGCCGCACAAGGUGUUGGAGUCGCCGUCGCUGGCCACGCUGCCGACCACCACCGUCACCAGCACCACGCUCGAGGACGAAGACUACGUCACUGUGGAAACGCCGCGCGACACGCCUACCAGAGACAAACGGAACGUCGACGGAGAUGACCCUACAAUAGAAGCGGACGAUUAUUUCGUCGACGAAGAUCUGCGGGUGAAAGACGGACCGCUGGACUCAUUCUCCAACUACACGCUAUUCGUCGAGUUGAUAACGGGGCUGCCCCACGAAGAGCCGCUCUUCAGCGAGUACGUGAACGAGUUGCGGCCGGCCGCCAGCCCGACCAUACCGGUGCCGACUAGCGCUUUGGAAAUAGCGUUGCAGGUGGUGUGCGUGGUGGCGGGCGCGCUGGUGGUGUCGCUGCUGGCGUGGUGCGCGCUGGCGGCGCGGCGCAGUCGCAAGCCGCCGCACGGACACCUCGAGAUGAACCCGCUGCAGGCGCUGCGGUACAUGGUCGGCUUUCGCGGUAGACAACAGCUGAUACCCACAGUGCCGCCCGACAUGCCGCCCAUAGCCAAGGAGGACCUGGCAGAGGCGUACGCCGAGAGGCAAGCCGACUCGGACUACGGUUUCCAAAAGGAGUUCGAGAUACUGCCGGACUGUUUCCCGGACCGCACCACGCAUGCGUCCGAGGCGAGAGAGAACCAACCGAAGAACCGCUACCCGGACAUCAAAGCGUACGACCAGACCCGAGUGAAGUUGUCGCAGAUCGACAGCGUCACGGGCUCGGACUACAUCAACGCGAAUUAUGUCAGAGGAUAUCAGGAAGGAAAACAGUUCAUAUGCGCGCAAGGCCCCACCGACGCUACAGUGAAUGACUUCUGGCGAAUGAUCUGGGAGCAUGGUUUGGAACUGAUCGUGAUGCUGACCAACCUCGAGGAGUACUCCAAGGUGAAGUGCUCCAAAUACUGGCCGGACGAGGUGCGAGGGGCGAAGGCGUUUGGCAAUAUCACUGUGCAUCAUGUUGGGGAGAAGAGAUACUCAGACUAUAUUGUGAGAGAAUUAAAAAUAACCAAGCAACCGACUAACGCGGAUGGCCAACCCAUUGUUGAGAAUAAUGGAAUCGCUAAAAGAAAUGGAGAUGUGAAGGAGCCGUCGGAGUGCAGCGCGCCGACGUCGCCGCGCGAGCUGAAGGAGGCGGAGGCGCGCACGGUGCGCCAGUACCACUUCCUCAUGUGGAAGGACUUCGCCGCGCCCGAGCACCCGCACUCCAUACUCAAGUUCAUCAAGCGCAUGAACGAGGCGUGGUGCAACAUGGUGGGCCGGCCCGUGGUGGUGCACUGCUCGGCUGGCGUGGGCCGCACCGGCACGCUCGUGGCGCUGGACUGUCUGCUCGACCAGCUGCGCGCCACCGGACACGUCGCCGUCUUCAACACCGUCGCCGAGCUGCGGCGGCAGAGGAACUUCCUCGUGCAGUCGCUCAAACAAUACGUGUUCGUGUACCGCGCUUUAGUCGAGUAUGCACACUACGGCGACACGGAGAUCCCCGCGUCGCGGCUCAAGGCGGCCGUAGAUCGGCUCAGGAACACACCUGAAGGUGCCGAUAAGUGCCUCAUGGAGCAUGAGUUUGAGCGCAUCGUGUCGGCGCCGGUGUCGGAGGCGCUGAAGUCGUGCGCGGCGGGCGCGGCGGAGGAGGUGCGCGCGCGCAACCGCAGCCACGACUGUCUGCCCUACGACCGCAACCGCGUCAUACUCACGCCGCUGCCCGCCAGGGACUUCUCCACCUACAUCAACGCCUCAUUCAUUGAAGCCUACGACAACUCGGAAGGUUUCAUAAUAACGCAAGAUCCAUUGCCCAACACGAUCAUGGACUUCUGGAGGAUGGUAUCCGAACAUAAUGUGUCGACAAUCGUAAUGCUAAGUGAGAUGGGUGAAGGCAAGUGCCCGCGGUACUGGGACGACGGCACGGCGCAGUACGAGCACAUAUCGGUGCAGUACGAGGAGAGCGAGUCCUGUCCGUAUUACACCAGGCGGCAGUUCAGAGUUAUUAAUAACAAGAGCGGCGAGGUGUCGUCGGUGCGCCAGCUGCAGUACCAGGGCUGGCCGACGGCGCCGGGACACGUGCCCGAGGUGACGCGCGGCCUCGCCGAGCUGGCGGACGCGGCCGAUCCGCUGCACACGCCCACCAUGCUCGUGCACUGCCAACUGGGCACGGAGCGGUCGUCGCUGUUCGUGGCGCUGUGCAUCCUGAUCUGGCAGCUGCGCGUGGAGCGGCGCGUGGACGUGUGCUGCGUCGCGCGCAAGGUGCGCUCGCAGCGCGCCCGGACCAUCGACACAUUCUUACAAUACGAAUUCCUCCACCGUGCCAUACUAAACUACGCAGAGUUGCACAAUCUACUAGAGGACAGUUAAACCUCCGAUACGUCGUGUCAGGUACAUGAGAAUCUAUGGUGGUAGAAAUAAGAGCUGUUUUCAUACAAACCGUGCAACAGGGAUAUAUAUAAAUUAAAAAAAAAUCCGUUGUAAGAUUUUAUAUUAACCAAAGAGUUUCACACGCAAUUGUUUAGAUUAAAAAAUCGGAUCGCACGUUUUGUAUGAAAACAUCGCUUCGUUGUAAUGUGAAACUUAUCGGGCCUAUAUUUAAGGAUGUUUUUCCUUUGAAACAAUUCUCAAUUUUGCUACCAAACACUUUUAUAUUAGUCGGAUGUGAUUAUGCAAUAAAGAUAUAAAACCAAAUUUAAAAUAAUCAAAAUACAAUACGUAUUAUAUUUAAGUUAAAACAACUUAUAUAAUAAUUGCUAUUUAGGACCAGGAUAAUGAAUACAAAAAAAUGUGGCAUGUAUUUCGUAAAUCAUUGCUUCCUUAGCGUUUAAUAAUAAUAAUAAUUUAAAUUAUACCAACUUAAUAUUUCGACAUGGAGUUUUUUUUUACAAAUCCCAGUUUUGUCCUAGAUUGCAUAAUCACGUCCAUUGUAAGUGUAGGUUUUGUAUAUUUGGUGUAAUUUUUAUUUCAUAUAUUUCUUUCGUACGUCUUCGCCGCCUUUCCCCGCGAUGUUUCUAAAACGUGUGAAUUAAUUUAAUAUUAUUAUUAUUUUAUUAUCCUAGUAGGUGCUUCAAUUGAUUUAAGACAUUUAUUUAGUGACAAAAAUAUUUUUAAUUUUUAUUUAAUUGUGUGCCAGCAUUGUACAAAACGGUAAACGUGUUCGAAAUUCAAAAUUAAAUGAAAAAUACUAUUUUUUUUUGUGACGAGAAACUUUAUGCAGUGAUUCAGCCCAAUUUUAUUUUAUUUUUUUAAUUGUAUAAGUUUUAUUUUGUUUCGCACGUGACUGAUUCCAGAAUUAAAAUUAUAUUGUAAAACUUAAUACAAAUUGUACACUGUGGGCGCACAUAUUGUUUUAUCUCAAUGUUAUUUUAAUUAUUAUUUUUAAUUACAAUGUUAUAAUCUGUGUACAAAGACAAUCACCGUGUUUUUUUCUAACUCAAAUAUAAGUGAAUCUAGUUGAUAGUUUUGUACUGAGAGUAAUGACGCGUCGCUUUUGCUUGUUAUAUUUUCGUGAUGUCCAAAAAUACGACAUUUUUAAUGUAACGACAAUUGUAUUUUUUGAUAUCCGUUGGUAAUGAGUUUUCCGAACGAAUUUGAAUUUUGAACAAAUAUUUAAAUAUAUCUUGAUAUCAAUGAAACAUAGUAAAAAUGACAGCAGUAAUGCAGACUUUGACUUCGCAGAGAUUAAUCGGCACAAAUAUAAAUUAGGCUAUUUUAUGUUAAUUUCAAUAGCAUUGAAAGCUACUGCCAUAAUAUUAAGGAAUAUAGGGCUGUCACCACUCCUCAAAUGUCAUCAACGUAAUAUCAAAGUUUUUGGUUUUAAAGGCCUUAAUUAUUUUUUUAUAAAAUUACAUCAUUAAAUGCAGUACAAAAAAAUUCGUUCGGAAAACUCAAAAUCGCAAAAAAAAAAUCACAAGCCUAGUUAUAGAUCUGUUUUGCGUAGGUGACCCUGUACGACGGUAUUGAUAACAAUACCAAAUAUGAUAACGUGUCCAAAGAGAAAACGAGCGUUAGUAUUAUAUCACUGAAAUAAAAAAAAAAUGAUGAAAGAAGUGUAAAAGUAAAAAAAGAAUUCUAUGUAUUUAUUUUGAUAACUAAAGAGGCCAUAUUUUAUUGCAUUUUGAUAACUUUCACGUUUUUUAAUUUUAUUUUGUAUAUCAAUAGCAAAGUUAUUCGGUAAUGGUUUUAUGAAAACCUAUUAAGGAUUACAGUUAAGGCCAAAUAAAUGUAAUACCCCAAAAUUUAGCACAAAUUUUUAAAAGGCUCGUGCACAUAUCAAUGUUGUUUGACGCAACGAUCUUUUGUCGCAGUGAAAUAUGUAUGGGAAUGUGUAUGAGGCUUAAGAAUUGUUUGAAUGUGCACGGUCCGCGUCUCACAAUUUUUGAUGUAUUUACUAAAUUUUCGUUUUAGAAA